AUGAUGAAUGAAGGUGAGGCAGUAAGUGCAGCAAUCAGCACGACUGUACAGCAAGGUACAGCACCGGCAGAAAUAUGUCGCGAUGGUGUUAGGCCGCCUGUAUUUAGUAAACGUGAUCCGGACUUAUACUUUCUGCAGAUGGAGGCACAAUUUCGCAACGCACAUAUCACACAAGACCAGACUAAAUGUGACUACGUAAUUGGGUCAUUAGAUGGUUUUACACUAAGAAAUGUCGCGGACAUUAUAAGAUCACCUCCAUCACAAAACAUGUAUGAUGCAAUAAAGAACCGCCUUAUCCAAAAAUUUGUCGAUUCUGAGAACAACAGGCUACGCAGACUCAUACUAGAGUGUGAACUUCAAGACGACAAGCCGUCACAGUUAGUUCGCACGAUGAGCGACUUGGCAGCAGGAGCCAUGAACGAUGGCGCAUUGAAACAAUUUUGGCUAGAUCGUUUGCCCGUUGCAGUGCGAGCUGUUGUAUCCAUCGCUGGCAGCGACCUUGACAAAUAUGCACUUCAAGCUGAUAAAAUGAUGGAGAUGGGGAGUUAUGGUUCCAUAGCCGCAGUAGAUGGCACAAUAAUUUCUCAACCAACGCAAUCAUCAUCGAUUGAAGAAAUACAAGCUAUAAAAAAUGCCGUUUUAAUGUUAAGCAAAGAGGUAACUGAAAUAAAGCAACAACAAUAUGCAACCAGAAGAUCUCGAUUCCUAACUCCAGAUCGUGAUCCAGUCCAACACAUUCGCACACAUUCUACAAAUCAGAUCAGUAAGCAACUCCUUUGUUUUUAUCAUUACAGGUUUGGUGCUAAAGCAAUCAAAUGUGCCAAACCUUGCAAACACAACGCAUCCGGAAACUGA